AUGCCUGGUCCACCAGAAAUUGCCAAAGAUAUCCAUCUCACACCUUCCGCUGUUCCCAAUGGAGCCAUGGAUGGCACACUGUUGCCCAAUGAUGGUGCGGUCACAGCAGGCUCUCUGCGCCCGGCGCCGGUGGAGAAGCAACGCAGUCGCCGCCGGGCCGACAUGGACGGAUGGACGCUGCAGGAGAGACUUUCCACACUCCUCUCCUGGGACGAAGGUGCUAGGACCCUAGCCCUGAAGUUGUACAGUCGCUUCGAGGGAAAUUGUGAGAAGUUGCCUCCGCUCCUCGAACUCUUGGAGGAACGCUGGGGCUUUCCCCAGCGCUUGUGGCCGUUGCUGUGGGCGCAGCUACGACGCGAAAACAAGGGGCCCUUGAAGCGAAUUGGAGGCGUUCAGGCUCCAGAGUUUGUGAGCCAGGGGCAAUGGCUGGCCGCCUUCAGCAGGUGGCUGCAAUCUUUGCGUGCUCGUCUGGGCCAGCAAAAGGUUUCACGAAAGAUGAUGGUGCGUAGGCGUCUGAGUUCAGAUGUGGGCGCCGAAGAGCAGUACUUUCAUGGACCUAUGCUGGGUGAGGGAGCCUAUGGUGAAGUUUACGCCAUGUUCCAUAGAUCCUUAGGCGUGAAGCGGGCCGUUAAGGUGAUCCACAAAUCACGCCUCUCGGUGUCACCGGUGGUGGCAGAAGAUGAGGUAAGGGUGUUGAAAGCUUUGGAUCAUCCUCACGUGAUUCGCAUCUACGAAGCCUUUGAGAGGCGCGACACCCUGCAUAUUGUCAUGGACUGGGCCGAGGGUGGAACACUGGCAGCAGUCUUGUCCACGCAAAGGACGCAGGGCAGGAUGGUAUCAGAGGCCUGGGCAUGCACUGCAGCGCAGCAGAUGUGUGCCGCCUUGGAGUACAUUCACUUUAAGGGUGUGGUACAUUGCGACCUGAAGCCGGAAAAUGCGAUGCUUUUGCGAGCAGUUGACCCCAUGAGGAACGAAGCUCCACACUUGGUCUUAGUGGACUUUGGAUUGGCUGAGAUUGUGGAGGCGCGCCAGAACGGGGGUCCAUUGAUGAUCCGCGGCACUGCGGUGUAUCUGUCGCCUGAAGGCUUCGAGGGACACCUCACUGAGAAGAGCGACCUCUGGGCCUUAGGCGUGGUGAUCUUCGAGAUGCUCUUGGGAAGGCGGCCCUUUCAGGCAGAGAACAUGGCGGUUCUGUGGUUGAAGGUGGCGCAGCACGAAGCGCCGCUGGACGAGCUGAGCCCACUGGCUGCGGAAGUGGUGCAAGGCUUGCUGAACAAAGAUCCAAUCGUCAGACUGACCGCACAAGAAUGCCGAAGUCUGGCCUGGUUUGCCGAACCGCAGUUGCAGCUGCAGCCGCCCGAUCUCUCUGCCAGGCAGGCCAAGAUCGAAGCUUUGGGCAGUGCCAACUGCUUCCAUCAGAUUGCGAUGUUUGCUGUUGCAACUGGCUUGAGCAUGAAGGAUAUGCAGGGCGUUUUCCAGGUCUUUCAAGCCAUCGACACAGACAAGUCGGGCAAUUUGGACUUUGAAGAGUUUCGCCUGGCCUUACAACAGCUCAACAUUACUGAGGACCCACAACGCCUGAUGUCUAUCUUGGACAUGGACCAGAAUGGACGCAUUUCGUACACGGAGUUCUUAGCUGCUGUGCUGUCCACUGGACUGGAGUCUGUCCCCGAGUCCCUCAUCCAGGAAGCUUUUGACGUCUUCGACGUGGAUGGGGACGGUCAGAUCUCCUUAUCCGAGCUUAGGGUAAUGCUCUCAGGAGAAGGACCCUUGGUGGAGGUUUUGCCCAACGGCCAAACGGUGGACGAAGUCAUGGAUGAAAUCGCUGGAGGCAAGCAGAGCAUUUCCUUUCCCGACUUUGUGGAGUACAUUUCCAAGGUCUCCGUGAAAAGGCGGAAGAGCAGGGACCGAACUUUCAAUGGACAAGGGACAGCAGGUCAACAGGUGAUCGCGAGCAUGGUGGAGGAAUUGGAAGCUUCCGAGGACGAGGUUUCAGACCCGUCACCGGAGGAGAAUAAGUUCCCGGCCAUGGAGGCCAGCGUUGCGUCGCUGCUACAUGCAGCAGCUUCCAAGGACGAGGAGGAUGCACUGUGGAGAGCUUUUGGUCCUCAAUCCAAAGAGCGAUGGGCGCAAAACAGGCCCAACAGUGGCGGGCCUUCUCUCAUUUUGCCUCACGAAGCCUUCCACGGCACAGUUCCUGCGGUGCACGAUUUCCUGUUGAAAGUCUUCAGCGGCACGUUGGACCAAGACGACCCUGUGGUGCAGGACCGGCGGAAAGCUUUGGAUUGUCUCUUGCGAUUUCCAGAGCAAUCCAUCACUGUGGAGAAAUCGGACCUGCUGGCAGCGCACGUCUCUACUUUGAGCCAACAUUUCAUGGCAGGCAUGGUUUUAGUUCGGCUGUUGGCUGAUGCCGAAGAUACAACCAAAGGAGGGACGUUGCAUAAAAAGCUGCAGCAAGCGAUUGAGGCCAUGAAGAUUGAUGCCAUGCCCACUCCACGUCGAGAAGAUUUGGAGUCCGCUGCUCCGAGCCCAGCUCCGGCCUCGGACUGGGCGCCGUCCCGUUCCGUAUCGCCCAAGCUUCGGCUGGAGGUGCGGAGUCCCUCGCCUGUGCGGCGGCUGAGAUCCAGGCCGCCACAAGCCAAACGACCCUGGGGGGCGCGAGCACCGGUCGGGGAUGAAUCGCGAGAGGUGCGCCUGGCAGAGCUGCGAAAGAAGACGCGGCCCAAAGGACUGAAGAGUCGCUCGCGGCAGAGGCAUUUGAUUCCAGCUACAGCAUCGGAGGUGAAUCGCAUCGAUUCUGCCGGGAAGUAUCCAUGGCACGUAGAGGAGGAUCUUUUUGUGCCCGAACUGGUCAUGGGCCCGGCCAAACGGGCGGCCUAUGAUCCACCACCUGUAGGUGGCUUCCAACGGCCAGAGGUGCCAAAGCUUCCCAGGCUGGGGCCGGGGCUGGGCUCCUACAAGGGCAAGCCUCGUCGUGCCGGGCCGGUGUUAAAGCUCCGAAGCCCGCGGCUGGUGUGA